AAGAGAUGCUGAAUAUAAACUAUCCUUCAAGAUUUCCUACUAAUAUUUGGGACUCUUUCCACCUGUCCGUUCACCCCGCCUGCAGAAAUUAAGGGGAUAUGGCGUGAGACUUAUUAUUACUUGAGUAUUUUACUGUGUUUUUUUUAUUGAAAGACUGAAAGUCAGGCAGGAGAGCGGUGAAGUUCGUGAAAUCCCAGAUCAAUAUUUGUGUUGCUCUGUCCAUUGGCUGUAAUUCUGUCUCUCCCAGGGAUUGGUGUGUAAUGAAGAUCCUGGGGGGAGGGAGGGAGUGCGUACCAGGGGCCUCGCCCACUAAAGCACCACGUUGAUGUGUUUUGUGUGUAGUGAUAGAAGCUGAGAGAGCACGGCCGCUCCGUCACAAGCCUCCCCCUACACACACACACACACCCCCUCCGACAGCAACAGAAACCGAUAACUCCAGCCAUCUGAUCAGUCGGAGUGUCCAGGCAGUAUCCCGAGAGCAGCUCAUCUGUCCGCGCUGUUUCGGACAGACAUCCGAGGAGGUGCGAUUCUUCUGGGAAUGAUGCCAGUCACGGAGAGACACAUGUGGGAGUGACCUGGGGGGGCAGUUCCCCCCGGAGUGAACUGCAAGCACUUUCCAGUUGACAUUCUCGACGGUGACUUUAGAGGAUAAAACACACACACACACAUAAACACUGGAGAAGAAAAUACGUUUGUGGACAAAAAUACACCCCAGAAUAUAUACUAUCUGCAAUCGCGAGAUGCCUGGGUCCCCUUUCGAGACCACCGCGUGGACUUUGUUCAGAUUUCUGCUGGUUUGUUCAGCAGUUAAGGGACCUGCAGUAUUGGUAGAAGGAGCAGAGUUUCUUCCUGAAUUCACGUUAAUCCGUCGGGAAAGCUAUCCUGAGGAGCCACUGGGAGAUGUCUUGAACCACAAAUCUGAAGAUCAGAGUUCACGGAUAGCUCGGUCUGAGGAGGAUGGAGACUCUCAGUGGGAUGCCUGGGGUCCUUGGAGUGAGUGCUCAAGGACCUGUGCAGGGGGAGCAUCAUACUCUCUGCGACGAUGCCUCAGCAACCGGAACUGUGAAGGGCUAAAUAUACGGUACAGGACUUGUAGCAGUGUGGAAUGCCCUCCAGAAGCUGGUGACUUCCGUGCUCAGCAAUGCUCUGCUCACAAUGAUGUCAAGUACCAAGGACAAUACUAUGAAUGGCUACCUAUCUACAAUGACCCUGACAGACCCUGUGCACUGAAGUGUUUGGCGAAAGGGACAGCAUUAGUUGUGGAACUGGCACCUAAAGUGCUCGAUGGCACACGAUGUUACACAGAGACUUUGCACAUGUGCAUUAGUGGAAACUGCCAAGUUGUUGGCUGUGACCAUCAACUUGGAAGUAAUGCCAAGGAAGACAACUGUGGAGUCUGCAAUGGGAAUGGUUCAACAUGCAGACUUGUACGAGGACAACAUAAAUCUCAAGGAUCAUCGAACAAGCUGGACGACAUGGUCAUUGCCAUUCCAUAUGGAAGUCGACAUGUCCGAAUAGUACUCAAAGGCCCAGACCAUCUGUAUUUGGAAACAAAGACUUUGUUGGGCCAAAGAGGAGAAAACAGCCUGAGCUCUUCUGGAACCUUUACCAUUGAAAAUACCAGCAUCGAGUUCCAGAAAUUUUCAGAGAAGGAGAUAUUGAGAGCAAAUGGCCCUCUUGGAGCAGAUUUCACUGUAAAGAUACAAUAUGUGGGAAAAGCAGACAGUAUAGUCCAGUUUUUCUUUUACCAGCCUAUCAUACAUCAAUGGCGAGAAACUGAUUUCUUUCCUUGUUCCGUCACUUGUGGUGGAGGGUACCAGCUGACAUCUGCUGAAUGCUAUGAUCUGCGGAGUGGUCGUGUGGUGUCGGAUCAGUACUGUCAUUAUUAUCCUGAAAACAUAAAGCCCAAACCAAAACUGCAAGAGUGCAGCAUGGAUCCCUGUCCAGCCAGUGAUGGCUACAAGCAGAUCAUCCCUUUCGACCACUUCCAUCCUCUUCCUCGAUGGGAUAGUAGCCCCUGGACUGCCUGCUCCAGCUCGUGUGGCGGAGGUGCUCAACUCCGCACUGUCUCCUGUGUGGAAGAAGACAUUAAUGGACAAGUCAACACCGUCGAGGAGUGGAAGUGCAUGUAUAUACAGAAAUUUCCUGUCAUGCAGCCCUGUAACCUCUUUGACUGCCCAAAAUGGCUGGCGCAGGAAUGGUCUCCCUGCACUGUAACAUGUGGACAGGGCCUCAGAUAUAGAGUGGUCCUGUGUAUUGACCACAGAGGACUCCACGCAGGCGGCUGUAAUGCAAAGACAAAACCACACAUCAAGGAAGAAUGUAUUGUCACUGUACCUUGUUAUAAACCAAAAGAGAAACUCCCCGUGGAAGCUAAGUUGCCGUGGUAUAAGCAGGCCCAAGAGCUGGAGGAAUUACUGAUUGUUUCUGAAGAACCUUCGUUUAUUCCACAGUCCUGGUCUCCAUGCAGCAAAACCUGUGGAGCUGGCAAUCAGAGUCGCAAGGUCAAAUGCCAAGUGCUUCUGGCAUUUUCUCAGUCAGUGGAAGACCUGCCAGAUGAUGAGUGUGAAGGUACAAAACCACCGAUGGAGCGAGCCUGCUAUGCUGGACCAUGCAGUGGGGAAGCAGUAGAAUAUGACCUUGAAGAUGCAGAAUUACUGUACACCAAUUUGCAGGAUUUUGAUGAGCUGUAUGACUGGGAUUAUGAGGGUUUCACGGAGUGUUCAGAAUCAUGUGCAGGAGGUGUCCAAGAAGCGAAUGUGGUUUGCCUGAAUAAACAAACUCGAGAGAAAGCAGAUGAAAGUCUUUGUGUCAUGCAUCGCCAUCCCCCACAGCUCCUUAAAGGCUGCAACCUAGGACCAUGUCCUCCAAGGUGGGAAUUUGGAAAAUGGAGUACCUGUUCAUCCAGCUGUGGAGUAGGUCUACAGACCAGGGAUGUGUACUGUAUGCACCUUUUAGUUCGUGAAAGUCGUGAAACGGUUAUCCUCAGUGAGAAGAAUUGUCCUCAGCCAAAACCUGACAAUGUGCAAGCCUGCAAUCAGUUCAACUGCCAUCCAGACUGGCACUCUGAAGACUGGCAACAGUGUUCACAGAGCUGUGGAGGUGGUGUGCAGGUUCGACAGGUCCUUUGCAAGCAGAGACUGGCAGAUGGGAGUUUUAUGGAUCAAGCAGAGGAACUCUGCCUCUCUCUUAAGCCAAACGACCAUCGGAUCUGUGGGGAUGUGGACUGUCCGGCCGAGUGGUUGGCUUCUCAAUGGCUAGAGUGUUCAACAACCUGUGGGGAAGGCACACAGAGGCGUGAUUUAUUUUGCAGGAAAGUGGGUAAAGAUGGUGUUUCCAACAUUCUACACAAGGCUAAUUGCUCGCACCUACCUCACCCACCAUUGCUCAAAUCUUGUUCCUUCCCACCCUGUGCCAGAUUGAAUGGAAAGGAGUACAAAUCUUCUGAACGCCAAGGACCUUACAUACUCGGUCUUCGAAAAGUUUAUAUUCAAUUAAAGAAAGAAAGGAAACUGCAGUUCACAACUGGUGGGCAGGCUUACCUGCUUCCCAAAACAUCAGUGGUCAUCAGGUGUCCUGUCAGAAGAUUCCGGAAGUCCAUGAUAACAUGGGAGAAAGAUGGAAAACAUUUGUCAAGCUCACCACAUGUCACUGUUACUCAUUUUGGUUAUAUCAAAAUAAAUCGUCUUAAACCAAUAAAUAUUGGCACUUAUACAUGUAUAGCAGGACUUGUACGUGAUGAUUUUGUGAUUAAAAUAAUUGGAAAUAAUAAUAAACUGAUUGAGCCCCCAUCCAGUAAACAAGAAGAAGCCAUAGGGAAAGGAAUCUCAAAUGAAGCAGUAAGUCCAAAGGACAAAUACAUGCCAGGUUUGAAGAUGAACGGUAGCAAGUCAGACAAAAAUCGAUUCUUCUUAAACCACCAAAAUCAGUAUGAUGGAAUUAUUCAUAAACUGUUGGAGAUAAAAGGCUGGUCUCGUGAGAGCCUAGAUUCGAGAGAGUCACAGUGGUCCAUAGAGAAGGACUUCACUUCUUUGGAGGAUGCGAGCGUGGAAUCUAUUAUUCCAUUAACGUAUGUAAUUGAUCAGGAAAGACUGGAUGAAAUUAGUCAGGCUAUAUCACAGCAGACUGAAGACCUAAAGGAUGCUUUUGCUACUCACGCUAUUGGCCAACUGGUUGCUGAGAUUUCUAAGAGCCAACUAGAUGCUGUUGAAUCUAAACUGAAACAUGAAGAGGGAAACUCAGAUACCAGUUCAGUGAAACCUUCUUUCCAUAAAAUCACUACCAAUGGCCAUGGAGUAUCAAAAUUAUACCCAGUAGAUCGGUCCAAUUCGAAGGAGUCUAUUCAUACAUCUAAAGAGCCAUUCAAGGCACCAGUAAUACUGCAGAAGGCCAAUGACAAAGGAUUGUCUCUGUCGGCAGAGGUGAUUGCUAAUGUGGGCCAUACAGUACUGCUGACUGACUGGACCCACACAUUGGUGCUGAGGUGUGAAGCAAAGGGAAACCCAAAACCUGUCAUUAGCUGGACAAUGAAUGGCCAAAUGUUGAAAUACAGCCACAGAAUUAAACUUCUUUCAGACCAAGCCUUGCAAAUAUUUUUUCCAAACAAGUCUGAUGUGGGAGUCUACACCUGCACUGCUACAAGUCCUAUAGGAUGGGAUUCCUUGUCCUCCAAAGUUGCCAUACCAGGGAAGCCAGUAAUUAGAGUGUCCAAACAUGAUUUGGUCAACUUUAACUCAACAUCGGUCAAUGUGGAUGUGGGAAGCGUUGUGAAAGCAAGGUUGGGAGCCAAUAUCACAAUUAACUGUCAGGUCAAUGGAGUCCCUGAGCCUACAGUGAGCUGGAGAAGAGACCAAGGGAAACUUGAUGAGAAUGUUCAGCCUCUCCACAAUGGAUCUCUCUCAAUAAUAAAUGUCACAUUAACAAAUCAGGGAAUAUAUUCUUGUCAUGCAUCAAAUGCUCUUGGCCACGUGAAGGCAACGACAAAUCUGCUAUUACAAGAUCCCCCAAGAGGCUAUUUGGAAUCAAAAGACUUAGUCCCACUCUUUGCAGUCUCUGGGUCUAAUGGUCAAACAGUAUUUGCUACUAUUCUUGGAACUAAAGAAGUAUUGGGUUCUGGAAGCAGUGUUGUGAUUGGUUGCCCUGUUAAAGGCUAUCCAAAACCAAGCAUCACCUGGUUUUUUAAUGGCAAAUUCAUAAGCACAAGGUUAGGACAGAAACAUCAAAUCCAAGCUUCACAGCAGGUCUUUCGAAUCCCAAUUAUCACCAAAGAACAUCAAGGCAAUUACAGCUGUAUAGCUCAAAAUGAUGCUGGGUCCCUCACACUAAAGGUCAUACUGGAGAUAGCAGAAUAUGAGUGGUUGAUUGGCGAACUCCUACCAUGCUCAGCACCAUGUGGGAAUAAGGGUGUGCGGGUUCCGAAGCUGAAGUGUCUGCAGGAUAACAACACUGAGGUUGACAAGUCUCACUGCAAAGACAAGCCUCAACCAGACAUCCAUACAGUUCCAUGCAAUGUGAGGGACUGUUCUCCACGGUGGAUUGUGAGUAGCUGGUCCCCAUGUACCCAGCAUUGCGGAGGAGGAACACGGAGGCGCCUGGUCAGUUGUCAGAAGGUCACAGCAGCUGGAAUACUUGUCGAUCUCUCACCUGGAUUCUGUGCUCAGUCAGGAAAGAAACCAGCAGAUUCCCAGACCUGUAACAAGCAACCUUGUUCAGAGUGGUUCACUUCAAACUGGGGACAGUGCACUAACCAUUGUGUGGGACUGAGGCUGGGAAUCCAACGUCGUCAUGUCUUCUGUCAGUCACAGAAUGGAACCAAGUUACCCUCCCAGCAAUGCAGCAGUAAUACCAGGCCACACAGCAGACGGAACUGUACGUCAGAUCUUUGUACUGUCCAAUGGCGCACUAGUUCCUGGACAUCGUGCACCUCUUCCUGUGGGAAUUAUGGUUUUCAGUCCAGAAGAGUGGAGUGUGUACAUCUGCAGACAGGCCAACAAGUGAGAGAACAAUUCUGUUCUUGGAAGCAGAGGCCAGUGAACUGGCAGAGGUGUAACAUUGUCCCAUGUGAAAAAUCGGAAUGCAGAGACACAACCAGAUACUGUGAAAUGGUAAAGCGACUAAAACUGUGCCUCCUGUCCCAGUACAAACUACGCUGUUGUGAAUCUUGCAGGGACAUCUGAAGAUUAUAAUUCUAUAAUUUAUCCCCUCACGUUGAAAGGAUGAAGGGUGGGGAUGGGGGAGAAACUCACUUAAAGUGGUUGCUUUGUUUUCAAAUUUCUACAGCUCCCUGUGUUUUCUUCUGGAGGGGCAAAUAUUUCUGUGGCUGCUUGAAGAGAGAAUCUGCAUCUGAAUAGGAAAGAAUCUGACAGCUGCCAUUCUGGGUGUAGUAGAGCAAUUACAAUAUGUUUAGACACACUGUCUGCCCCUUCAUUACUUAUUGUACUUUGGAUGAAUCCAUCAGUUGUUUUGACGAGUGCUAUUUAUAGCACUGACGUGAUGCUGGAUGACAGUGAUUGUGAAGGGCUAGUUCUAGAAUGAGACUGACUAUCUUUGUUCAAAGCCCCAAAGAAACUGUAAAUAUAUUGUACUUUGACUUAUUUUGAGGGAAUUUCUGCUCAGACCUUUUGUGGAAUAUUGCAACAAAUCCAACUUUAUGACAGAUUCCCAGCAGCAGGCACAGUGCUGUGUCCCCGAAGGGGAAACAGAAGCAAAUGUACUUCAACACGACAAUUGGUGUUGGAAUUUACCCCUUGCAACUGUAAGGGAAAACAAUAUCUGCAGUAUUGUUGAGAGAAAGGGAUUGGAGAAUAACCUGUUAUUUAUUUCUUUCAACAUCUGUCUCAGAUCAAAACCAACUAGUCAAGUGAGCAUUAUUUACCGAACCUUGAACGCAGUUCCACUUGAAUGGUAUAGAAUCACAGGCAAAACAUAGCCCUGGAAUUAAGAAGGGGAUUCUUUGACUGAAAUUAGGUCCGCAGACUGGGAAUUCAGGAACAAUUUAAAUGCAUAAGAAGCAGGCAUCAGCACUGAGUAAUUAUUCAGUGAUUAUAUCUGGAAGGUAAAUGGGAUGAAUAGUUAAUGCAAGUGCUAGUACUGUCUAUUCACAUCCAUCUUCUUGGAGUAAUGUGUUCUGAGGUCUUUGGGCACUGUUAGCAAUAUUCGGACAAUAAACGUCACCCUAUCCCCUUACUCCUCACAAUUCAUCAGGGGUUUAUUACAAAGUUCUUCCUCUUCAAUUGCAAUCACUCAAGGACUUCCUCUCCAAUUCCAAAACAUCCCCGCCAACAUUCUGCCACCUCUCUCCCACUCCCUCUUUUAUCAAGCAUUUUUGAUCGUUUAUGUCGGAUUGUGGGUCAACCUGAUAGCUAACCUAUUUAAAGUGAGGUGCAAAUGAAGCAAGGGUGAUGUGAGAGGGAAAAAAAACUUAAGGGUAUGAUAUGUACUGCCUGGAAAGGUAGUAGAGGUGGGUUUGAUGAGGCAUUCAAGAGGGAAUUGAAUGAUUAUUUGGACAAAAAUAGUGUGCAGGCUUAUGGGGAAAAGGAAGUAGAUUGGCACUAGGUAAUGAGAGGUGGAAUGGUCUCAUCCUAUACCAUUGCAAUUCUGUGAACCUGUUAUAGCCAAUCAUUGAGUUUCUGACAUGGAUUGUAAAAUAGGAACAUUACAAUUCAUUUAUUUAAAGCUCUAUUUUGUCCCAGUCAUUUCCCCUUCUCAAUAUAUUAUAGUCCCACUACCAACCAUUCCCUAAGUCCUUCCUCCAACUAAUCAUCCAAUCAACCAACUGUUUCCCAAUCACAAGGGGAAACAUGGUGCCUUCUCGUGAACUUUAGUAUUGCUAUUAACUAGAGAAAGCGAUGCCUAAUCUUGGUUGACAUGGCCUUUCUCUCUCUCUCUGUUGUAUAAAUUGUCCUAUGAUUCAGUUAUGUAGUAACAGUAACAUCAGAUACAAAUUUUAGGGAAACCUCCUAUCCUCUGAUCUGUUCAGAGACAAUGGUGGAAUUAAAAUAAUCAGAGCUCUUUUCAGCUGCAGGUUCGUUAUCACAAUCUGCUGUGAAACAACAUAAUUACUUUGUUCUGGGGCUUAGAUUCAACAAUGAAGCAAAAAUACUUGCCACUGAUCUUGAAGAAUAUAUCUCAGGGAUCUCACAAUCUCUGUGAUGAGCAAUUUACACCUUUCAACUAUUCAGUUAUGGUGGUCAAUUCUCAGUAUGGAGUCCAGCAAUAUCAUUCAGCUGUCCAAGCUCUUAACCAAGCUAAGAACUCUCAUGGCCAAUCAGGAAAGAAGAAUAUAAACUAAAUACUUGUAAAAAUGUUCCACAAUAAAAAAAAAGUUUGGGAUGUAAAUGUGGCAUGAAGAUAGAAGCUUAAAAUUAAAGUUAGAUUUUAAUUAAUUAUUUAAAUUUUAAGGAAAUCUAGUAAUUAAUCAGAGACAUUUAACAUAUUUUGUUAUGAAUAAAAAUAUUGCUGAACAAUAGAAUUUGCUAUGAACAAAGUUAAAAAUCGAAGUUUACUUAAUUGGAAAAGAUAGACAUUGCUAGGGUAUACAAUGGCAGGAUUUCAAACAGCGAUAUGAGAUUUGAAGUGGAAAAUUCUUGCAUAUAAUUAAUUGAUUUGACUGAUUGUUGGUGCUGAGGGUAGUUGGUACUUUAAUCCUCAGCACCACCUGUGGCAGAGUAGUGAGUGACAGACUAGCUUCUCAUGUUAAUCUACACAUGUGCUAAUUCCUUGUGUUGUGGUCACGGUCAGAGAGUUGAUUAAUGAUUGUGAACACCAACAGUUCACCAUUUGAAAAGAAAAAUCCAAUUCACGUCAGGCAUUUAAAUUCUUGAUCUUGCUUCUAUCUCCUCAUGCCGUAUACCGUUUCCCAGUCCAAAAUGUGCAGAGGAGCCAGUGCCUUGCUUUCAUUUCCCACAGAUAAAGAAUUCACUUUAAAUGGGGGGAAAAUGGGUUUUCAGCUACAUCCAACAAUCUUUUGAUACAGUGCAUUGUCUUGUUAAUGGCAUUGUACUGCAUUAACGCUAUGUUCAUGCUUAUUCAUGUCUUCAUGAGCCACACACAGUCUCUGGAAAUAUAUAUCUUUUCUAAUCAACUGAUUCGGAGGCAUUAUUCCACACCUCCAGAGCAAAUGGGACUUGAACCCAGGCCUCCUGGCAUAAAGGUAGGACACUACCACUGCACCACAAGAGCCCUCUUCUGGAAAUAUGUCAUCCACAUACGCAAUCAAGUAGUUCAAAUAACAUGUUAAGGUGGAUGUAUAUGGUUCCUGAUUCCAUCAGUGUAGUUUGCUGUUCUUUUUGUAUAAUAUUUGCAUUGCUAAAAAAACUUAAGAUACUGCUUACAUGAAUGAAUAGGAUUCUCAUGCUGUUUAACAGUAAUUGUGAGAUAGGUAUAUAUAGGCUUUUAGUCCCAGAAGACAUCUUGAUGUGAUCAAGUGUAGGUUAAUAAUUAUGACCUGGCUAAAAACGCUGACCAGGCUAUUUACAACAUUGUAAUUUAACAUUUAAAGAAAAAUUAUUACCACAGCUUUAUGCAGAAUAGAACAGCAGUUCUCAUUUUCAGCGAAGGUGGGUCUGAAAUCUAAGCAACUUAGAUCUUGAAAUUUAUGUAUAGUUUAAGAUAUGAUCUUUGUAAAAUAUGCUCUGUAUCUAUUUAUUAGAAAGUUAUGUUGAACAGUGCAAUAUACUUCUAACUGUAUAUUAUCUUGUCCAGAAAAUACUAUUUUGGGGGAAAUUUCUUGUAACCAAAGCUUUUUUUGUUGGCUAUUUUUGCAAAAGAAGUUGAAUUUUUCAUUUUAAUAGCACUUCCAUUGAAUAUUCUUUCUUUUAUUUGUCUUACACUGCACUGCGAGAGAGUUUCAUUCCCAACUAAUGGGGUGUGUGAAAUAAGCGAUGCAUUCCUAAUAUGUUAGGGCUGGUCUAUUAAAACCAAAAUGAUUUUCCCAAUCCUUCUUUCCAUUAAUUCCACUUACAUUCCUUCUAAUGACUGAUUCAGCGGACUAGUUGCUAUGUACAUAGGAUAAACACAUUAUGUUUCUCUCAGAUGAUCACUGCAAAUCAGUAAACAGUCUGUGGUAGAAAAUGUUCCCUGAUAUUGUGGGAAGAAUUUGCUUAUUUCACUAACUUGAGGUCAAUUGGAAUAUUUGGUAGUGUUUUACUUCAGCUAAUGGCAGAGGAAACAUGAAUUAAAUAUCAAAGUAACAUUUUGUGCUUCUUAUCCAACUGUGCAGCCUGGGUGUAGUCAUAGACUCAUCAGUUGAUUUUCUACUCCUACAGUAAUUGCGAAUGUACAUUACAUUUUAGUCUGUGACAAGGACCCAGUAAUACAUUUUCUAAACAGUGUUACUGGAUAAAGUCUGAUGUUACUUACCAGAAGCCACUGUAUGUAAUUUGUUUUGUACCAGCUGUACUCAAGUACAAUAUUUAUUUAAUUGUGUUUCACUUUUCUCUGAUUUAUGUAAAAUCAGUACUUAAACACCAACAUGAAAGUGUUGAAGCUCAGCCACUAGUUCUCCUGUUACCUCAUUCUUCAAGUCACAAAUUCCAAUACAUUCACAAAAACUGGUUUCCAUUCCCAAGUGACUGCAACUUGCCUUCUUCCAGGUUUAAUGGCAAUGGGUUAAGGGACAUUCCAGAAAAUUCCUCCCUCCCUGAAGACAGAUUGCCAAUUUUAGGUAUUAUCACAAGGCAAUAGCCUGUAUUUUAACUGGUGGAACAAUGCUGCCACACACUGGA